CGGUGUGGCCGCUGGUGCCGCUAAGUUGCAGUUUGCUAUUGAACAAUUAGCGACACAUUUUCUGAACCAGGAAAAGAUGAGGAGAUAUUUCAUAAAAUUUUCCUAUCUAGGCACGAACUACAGAGGCUUGCAAAAGAAUGCAAUUCCGACUCAAAAUGUUCUAAUGCUUGACACAGAUACAAUUCAAGGAGCUAUCGAAGCUGCGUUUUCAACCUUGAUUCCUAAAUGUAUAAAAUGGCCAAAAUUUACCUCUUCUAGCAGGACAGAUUGCGGUGUGCAUGGCUUAUCUAAUGCAGCUCAUAUUGACAUAGAAAAUAUCGAUGAUUGUUUUUAUGAACCCACUUACGCUCUCAGUAGUGUAAACCGAUUUUUUAAUCAGAGCAAUCAUAAUAUUAGGAUACUAGAAUUCGUUCCUGUGACAAAUGACUUUAAUUCAAGGCGACUUGCAAAAUCCAGGAAAUAUAUUUACAGAAUUUUAAGGGCUAAGGAUUUAAACGAUCAUAGAAUUCCUGUAUCAGAAGUGCAGUAUUGUAAUCAUAUCAGGCCAACAGUUUUUGAUACUGAGAGAAUAAAACGUGCGACACAAAUGUUUAUGGGAACAAAAGAUUUUAGAACGUUUAGUUCCAAAAGUAUUUCAAUUAAACCAAUUAAAUAUGUAAGGGAAUUAGACACGUUAACUCUAGAAGAAGGUCACCCAUUCAUGCCAUAUGAUCCCUUGUGUAAAAACUUUGAAUAUUGGAAUAUAGUAUGUUCAGCACAGGGUUUUCUAUAUAAACAGGUAUGCUUAACAAGACUCUAA